AUGUCCCACCCCUGGUGGAAGACACAUGACGCGCAAGAGGAGGCCAUCGACAACGCUUUCCCAUCAAAGAGCCCGUCCCUCUUCUGCGCUGGGCCUGUCCCGCCGUUUCCUCACGCUACGGAGGAGGAAGCGAGCGAAAGCGCGGCGGCCACACUUGCAAUCUGGCGAUACACCGUGGCCCAGCCCGACAGGCAAAGACCCUGCCUUUUGGCUCCUGGAGCCGACGGUGGCAUCGCAGCCGUUGGGCCCAGAAUUUGCCGGUACUACUACGACUUCUCGAGUCUUUUGGGGGCGUGCGUCUGCGAAUGGACGCCGGGAGACUGGAGACUGGAGGUACCGGGCUGGAGGUACCAGUACCGCAGCGCCGCCGAGAGAGGGCCCGCGCCACCCGCAGCGUGGCUCCAGCAUCCGCUGGCCGGCCUGCGCGCAGUGGCUGUUUUUGGCUCUGGGCUGCCCUUCCAGUCUCUCACCUUUGCGCCGCUGCCUCUGAGCCCGCGAUCCCGCCCGUGGGGAGACGCCGACCCUGAGUCCGAGUCUCUGCCACUGCGAACAGCUGCAACCGCCCUCGACUGGCUGCGUCUGCGCUCUGCGCCCGCGCUCGACAUCGCCCUUGAGCCCCGUCCGCUGGCGUCCCGGAACCUCACCCCCUUGCCUCGCCUCGCUUCACCGCACCCGGCCCAUCGACUAUCCACACCGCGGCGACAGCCAGAGGAGCAGAAUAAGGGACCCAGGCGCCCGUUCUCGCGGUCGCGACAGCUUCCGCACGCCCUUCUGCCCCUCGGAUCCUACCGCAUGAGUGCUUGA